AUGUCGAGAGCCGCGAGAAAGCGACCCAGGAAUGGUUCAGUGCGUGAAAAGAAUUCUACUUUUAUUUCCUCGAUACGUAUCAAAGGAGACGAUAAAACUGGGAGCGCGAAAUUCAUUGAUUCUUGUUCUUGGAUGGGAAAGAAACACGAUUGCAGAAGAAUAUUUCAUCCAAUUGUAACCGACGAAGGAUUAUGUUAUACAUUUAAUAUGUUAGAACAGAAGGAUGUGCUCAAUAACCAUUCAUAUAUUCACGAAUACAGUUACAAACCUGAUACUAUAACUUUCACCAAUGCAUGGACAGUAGAUUCCGGUUAUUCUCCGAAAGCAGGUAUUUACACUUAUCCAAGGCGCGCGUUGUUACCUGGUUCAACUAACUCACUUACAGUGAACAUGUUCAUUAACGAAAGCGAUGUCGAUUACGCAUGUACAGAUUUCCAAGGAUUUCAGAUAGUUUUACAUCAAGCUGUUCAAUAUCCAUUGGUCAAGAAUCAUUAUUUUCGAGUUCCUAUGAGGAAAGCUGUUAUUGUGGCAAUUACACCGACGCAAAUGUUAAAUUCCGAUGAUGUACAAGACUAUAGUCCGAAGAAGAGAGAAUGUUAUCUACAAGGAGAAAAAAAAUUGAACUUUUUUAAAAAUUAUACGCAGAAAAAUUGCCAAUUUGAAUGUAUUACCAACAAAACUCGAGCUGUUUGUGGUUGUGUUGCAUUUUACAUGCCAAGAGAAGCCAUUACACCGAUUUGCGGGAAUGGAAAUUCCAUGUGUAUGAAACAAGUGAAAAAUAAUCUAGAUUGGAAUAACCUCCAGCAUUCGAUAGACAACAACAGAGGUUUGUACGACGAAUGCGAAUGUCUACCAAUGUGCAGUAUGCUGGACUACGAAACCGAAAUCACUGAAAUAGAUUAUGAUAAAUUCAAGGAAUACGAAGCUUUAGGAAUGAAGAAAAAUCAGAGACAAAAUCAGAAAGUUUGGUCUCAAUUGGUAAUAUACUUCAAGAAAGUCUACUUUAUACCUCGCGUGAGAAGUGAAUUGUACGGACACUUGGAGUUUUUAGCCAACGUUGGAGGUUUAUUGGGUCUCUUCAUUGGAUUUUCCUUACUAUCCCUAUUCGAGAUUAUUUAUUUUCUUACAGUUAGACUUGUCUGUUUCGGAUAUAAACAUUGGCCUACAAACUGUAUUUGUAGCAAAUAA